AUUAUCAUAGUAAAUUCUGGUGUAAUACCAGAUAUAAAUUGAAUAUAAAAUUAGAAAAGAUGUCUGUAACAUAACUGAAACUUCUGCAUGGCAAAGAGCGCAAAUUCCAUUCAAGUAUCUAAACUCAAGCGAUGUUAAUCAAUUAUAUCAGCUGCCAAUUGCGUAUGAUUAUCACCUGGCCAAAUCAUUAUACACCUGCCGUUGCAACAUGGCCCAAAGUAGCUGAUGAUCAUAAGAGGUGCUAAACAAUCUUUCGCCACGGCAAAAGGGCAAACAGUAGAUGACCCAUUUCGGCGGAGCCCGAACGUAAAUGGCGCAGGCUCGAAAUAUGCAGCAACCGGAUCAAUAAAUUAGCAAAUAUCUGUGUGUUACGCGAGUCGAAUGAAAGCGGACCCCGAACGCGAGAGAGAGAGGGGCGAGAUAUAUGUGCCAUAAUUGCCCGAGUCCAUGUCGGGGCCCCCCUCCCCUCCCCCCCCCACAAUGAUGCCAAUUGUUUGCACUUUGCCGGCGCCGCUCUUCGAGCGAUCCAGCCACGCGCUUCGCUCGCUCCACUGGCCAAGUCCAAGUACAAGUUUCUCUCCGGCAAAGCUCAAGCUGACGUCGACGCCGACGUCAGCCGCGACUGCGACGCUGACGAAUAAAGCAGUCAGCGCGGGCAGAAGAAAUGAGCAUAUUCACUUAACAAACAAGUUGACUUUAUUUUUUAGUGUUUUUUUGUCUUCUUUUUUUAUGUUUUUUGGGGCCGUUGCUGUUGUUGUUGUUUCUGUUCCCUAGAUUUAUGCAUGUGCUCGGUGCCUUUUUUUUCGCGUCUUUACCUUUUUUGGUAGCUUCCGCAGUUGACGGCAGCUGCGACUGCGGCUGCGCCUUGGCUUGGCUUGGUUUUUUAUUUAAUUUACUUUUAAAUUGUUUUGUAACGCCGGCGCCGUCGACGUCGACUGCGCAGCAGCUGCCAGAAAAGCUGCCCAAUAUAAAAGGCUAGACGUCCGCAGAGCUAUGCAUCAAAUUCAUCUCGAGCUCAGCAGCAGCAGCAGCAGCAGCCAGUCAGCAGCUAAGGAUUAAAAGCGCGCCGCGUGAAAAUAUAUCUAAAGAAAACUGAAAUCAAUUCUCGAAAAUGAAAGUGUUUUCCAUUGCCUGUGUGUGCCUCUUGGCGGCCAGCUGUGCCUGGGCCGCGCCCGGUGUGCAAGAUAAUCGAAUCGAAAGUGAUAACACGCUCGGCCGGGCCGCCCGCUACCUGGGCGCCUGCUUUGAGAGCGACGACAUGGCCACCUGUUUGGCGGUCAAGGGCAUUACCGCAUUGAACCGCGCCGCCAGGAGCAACAACAUUGAGCUAAUCAAUGGCGUCACCUUCCAGAGAGAUCCCGCCAGCCCGGUGCAGCGCAGCGGCAAGUCCCUCAGCGAGCAGGACAUCUACGCGGAGCUGCCACAGAACGGGGAGGAGCGCAACAGCCGCCUGGUGGAUCUGGCCAUAAGCAGCGCCACCGACUUCCUGAGCAGCCACAACUUGGAAUUCAAAUUGCCCGCCGAGACCACACAGCAGGUGGCACGUGCUUUGGAUGAAGGCCGCGGCAAGAUCAAGAAGAUGAUUGGACCCAUUGCCCUGGCCAUUGGCGCCAAGCUGUUCGCCGUCAUACCGCUGGUGCUCGGCUUCCUGGCUCUGCUGACCUUCAAGGCUGUGGUCGUGGCCAAGAUCGCCUUCUUCCUGGCCAUACUGGUCGGCGGCUCGCGUCUGCUGAGCGGCUUUGGCAACAAGUUCGGCGGCGCCGGCAUCGGCAGCUCCUAUGGCGGCUACAACUCGAACGCCUGGUCUGCGCCCGCUAGCGCCGGCUGGAGCUCGGGCUCCUCCUCGGCGUAUCCCUAUGCGCGCAGCAUUACCGCCGACAAUGCCCAGGAGCUGGCCUAUGCCGGCCAGCAGCAGCAGCAAGAGCAGCAGCAAGAGCAGCAGCAGCAGCAGGAGCUGGAGCAGCAGCAGUAAGCCUUUGGCGAAUGUGGCUGCAUUUGGUAGCCAGAAAUGUGCCUUUUUAAAUUUGAGAAAGAACUUAGCUUGUAGUAAUUUAUUCGAGACGUGUAGCUGACGCGUAAUUAACUGUUUAAUUUAUUUAAUUAAUUUCACAUUACACAACACUGUACAAGAUGCACGACACAACACUGUACAACACAACAUCAGCUAAAGAGUCAUGACAAUAAAAUCGAUUUAUAACUUAAA